UCGCGCGUGUUGGGUUCUCCAAACUUGACAAUUUAUGCAGUGAAGGUGUUACAGAGGUAGCAUGGCAUAAUGUUGACAUUUUAAAAAUUUUUAGAAUUAGCUGGUCUUGCACCAGGUCCGUUUUGUGGAAUGAUAUUAGCUGAAUUCGGCGCAUCCGUGAUUAAAGUAGACAAGAUUAAUACAUUUUAUAGCAUUGAUUCACUUGGCAAUGGAAAACGAUCAAUUGCAUUAAAUUUAAAAAACCAUGAGGGUAUUAAUAUAUUUAAGAAGUUAAGUAAUCAAAGUGAUGUGCUCAUAGAUCCAUUUAGACCUGGUGUAAUGGAGAAAAUGAAAUUGGGGCCAGAAGAACUUAUGAAGGCAAAUACAAGAUUGAUAUAUGCUAGAUUAAAUGGAUUUGGUAACAAAGGACCUUAUGCUAAUAUGGCUGGACAUGAUAUAAAUUAUUUAGCUUUAUCUGGUUUAUUAUCUUUAUUUGGUCGUUAUAAUCAGAAGCCAACACCUCCAGCUAACUUGGCUGCUGAUUUUGGGGGUGGUGGAUUAAUGUGUGCCUUUGGAAUAAUGUUAGCAUUGUUUGAACGUACUAAAAGUAAUACUGGUCAGAUUGUUGAUACAUCAAUGGUAGAUGGAACUGCAUAUUUAGGAAGCUGGCUCUUUAGAUCUCAAAAACUUCCAGGAUUAUGGGGAAAUCCACGUGGCAAAAAUAUAUUGGAUAGUGGUGCACAUUUUUAUGACACUUAUGAAACAAAAGAUGGACAGUAUAUGUGUGUUGGAGCCAUUGAGCCACAGUUUUACCAAAUAUUUUUAGAUAAACUUGGCCUUUCAGAAGAUGAAAUGCCACAAUUUGAUAAAUUUGAUGAAAAUCGUGAAAUACUAGAAAAGAUAUUUAAACAGAAGACUCAAACUGAAUGGUGCUCUAUAUUUGAUGGCACAGAUGCUUGUGUAACACCUGUUUUAAAUUUAGAAGAUGUUGCAUUACAUGCACAUAAUAAAGAAAGAAAGACAUUUAUGUCUAACAAAGAUGGUACAGUAAUUCCAAAUCCUACUCCUCAUUUAUCUCGUACUUCUGGAAGGUCAAAAGGAUAUGAAAGAAAUCCUGAAAGAGCUAUGAACUAUUCUGAAGAACAAAUAGAACAAAAACGUUUAUUGGCUUUACAACGUAAAAAACAAGCUCAAGUAAAAAGCAAUCCAUUUAGUUCUUCAACAACACGAAACAGUAUUCCAUCCACCAAUAGCAAUGUCAGUUUUAAUAAAAAUAAGGAAACAAAUGCAAAUAAAUCUUUUGGAAAUUAUGGUGCAAAAUCUUAUGGACAUAAUGCUGACUCUAAAUCAAACUUUGGAAACAAUUCAGCUAGAAAUACUCCAAAAUUUAAUAAUAAACAAAAGAAACGUUUUAGUCCUAUUUCAACACGGAAUUUCUUUGGACAAAAAUCAUGUAUUACAGGAAAAUGUUAUAUGAUAACUCAUGAAAGAUUUGCUUUGGAAACAUCUGCAUAUUUUCCUCCACUUAUUGAAGCUUUAAAAUUGAUUCCAAGCAGAUCAUAUGAUAUGAAAAGUAAAACUUGGAAUUUUAAUUUGAAGGAUUAUGAAACUGUAAUGGAGAAAAUUAUUAAUUUCAAGACUGACAUACAAGUAAUAGGAUUACCGAAAAUUGUUAUUGAACUUUUUAGAAAGAAUAAUAAUUCUGAGAAUAUUGAUGAAAACAUUGAUUUAUCAAAAAUUGAUCCCCAGUUGUUAUCAAGUUUGAUGCCUUUUCAACGCAAAGGAAUAUGCUAUGGAAUAUCUAAAAGAGGCCGUUGUAUGAUUGCUGAUGAUAUGGGUUUAGGAAAAACCAUUCAAGCACUGGGCAUUGCACAUUACUUUAAAGAGAAUUGGCCCCUUCUUAUUAUUGUACCAUCUUCAGUUAGAUACCAGUGGACAGAUGCAAUAUAUACAUUUUUGCCAUCUGUACCUGCCCAAUAUGUUCAUCAGUUUGCAAAUACAAAAGAUUUUAUUACGGGUAAUAAAAUUGUUAUUACAUCUUAUGAUCUCUUGGUACGAGCCGUGGACGCAUUCGAGCGACAUACAUUUGGCUUUGUUAUUUUGGACGAAUCUCACGCUUUAAAAAGUGUUAAGACUGCUAGGUAUAAGGCUGCACAACGUAUAGUUUCAAAAGCAUGUCACGUUGUUUUACUUUCCGGGACACCUGCUUUAUCGAGACCUAUAGAACUAUAUUCUCAAAUAAGUCUGAUAAUGAGAAAUUUUAUGGGAUAUCAGGAAUAUGGAAUUCGAUACUGUGCUGGAGAGAAAUCUUCAUUUGGUUGGGACUUUACAGGGUCAUCAAACAUGCAAGAAUUGCAAUUGUUACUGAAAUGCACGUGUGUAAUUCGAAGAUUGAAAAAUGAAGUAUUAGAAGAAUUACCAUCAAAGAAGAGGGAAGUAAUUGUAUUGGAUCCAGAUUUAAUUAAAAUUGGAACCAAGGAAAUGAAGGAGAUAUCCGCAAAAUUGGAGCGCAGUUCUUUAACUGGCAUGGAAAGGCAUAAUACUCUUCUACAGUAUUAUAACGAAUCCAGUAUUGCUAAACAGAAAGCUAUAUGUGAUUAUGUUACAAACUUGUUAAGAAGAAAACAAAAAUGUAUAAUAUUUGCUCAUCACCAGAAUAUACUAGAUGCAAUUUCGGAAGUUGCGGAGUCUAUGGAUAUAAAAUAUAUAAGAAUUGAUGGGAAAACAAACCCGGAACGUAGAAAGUAUCAGGUGGAUAAAUUUCAAACAUCUGAUGCUUAUUUGGUGGCAAUUUUAUCCAUAACAGCAGCUAAUGCAGGAAUUACUUUAACAGCUGCACAGCUUGUAGUAUUUGCAGAAUUAUUUUGGAAUCCUGGAGUUUUGUGCCAAGCAGAAGAUAGGGUGCAUAGGAUUGGACAGAAUGAAAAUGUUGUAAUUCAAUAUUUGGUUGCAAAACAAACGGCGGAUGAUUAUUUAUGGCCUUUAAUACAAAGAAAGAUGAACGUAUUAAACGAAGUUGGAUUAGAUCAAGAUUUUUGCCUUAAGGACGUUGAUGUUACAAAGCAGACGUUAAAUGAAAAACAAAGAACGUUAGAUUUCUUAUUUAAUAAAGACUGCAAAUUUGAAACCGAUGAAGAGACAAUACAAAAUAGUGAUAACACAAUUCAACAAACUGAAAAUUGUUUUGCCACAGCGUCGGGGGAAUUUAACGAAUUACUUGAAUUGAAUGAUGAAGAUUUCGACUUUAGUAAUUGGGAUGAUAUAGAAUAAAACAUUAUUUUUGUACGGUAUAUUGUUAAUAUUGUGAGAAAUACAUAUGUGAUUGAAUCGAUGUUUAAGGAAUAAAAGCAUUUAUAGUUUGAA